AUGUCUGAUGGAGAUUAUGAUUAUCUCAUCAAGUUUUUAGCUUUGGGAGACUCUGGAGUUGGGAAAACCAGUGUUCUUUACCAGUACACAGAUGGUAAAUUUAACUCCAAGUUCAUCACAACAGUGGGCAUUGACUUCAGGGAAAAAAGAGUGGUGUACAGAGCCAAUGGGCCGGAUGGAGCUGUUGGCAGAGGUCAGAGAAUCCACCUGCAGCUAUGGGACACAGCAGGGCAGGAGAGGUUUCGUAGCUUGACGACAGCAUUCUUCAGAGAUGCUAUGGGAUUCCUUCUGCUAUUUGAUCUGACAAAUGAGCAAAGUUUCCUCAAUGUCAGAAACUGGAUAAGUCAGCUACAAAUGCAUGCAUAUUGUGAAAACCCAGAUAUCGUGUUAUGUGGAAAUAAGAGUGAUUUGGAAGACCAGAGGGUAGUAAAAGAAGAGGAAGCCAGAGAACUUGCAGAGAAAUAUGGAAUCCCUUACUUUGAAACUAGUGCGGCCAAUGGGACAAACAUCAGUCAGGCAAUCGAGAUGCUUCUGGACCUGAUAAUGAAGCGAAUGGAACGGUGUGUGGACAAGUCCUGGAUCCCUGAAGGAGUGGUGCGCUCUAAUGGCUACGCGUCCACAGAUCAGCUGAGUGAAGAAAAGGAGAAGGGGGCAUGUGGCUGUUGA